GUGCUGACAGCCAGGCAGCAGCCGCCGGAGCGGGAGGAAGAACAGCGGCUCCCACCACGAGUCGAAUAUCUCCAGGCAAGUUUGGAAUGCAGCUGUAAAAGAUGAGUCUAUGUGCUGAGAUAUGCCAGCUGCAGAACAGUAACCACAGUGCAGAUGCAUUGCCCCAACGUUAUGGAGUCCGAUCAUACCUACACCAGUUUUAUGAAGACUGCACUGCAACCAUCUGGGAGCAUGAUGACAGUUUUCAGAUUAAGAGAUCCCCAAGUAGAUGGAGCUCUAUCUUCUGGAAGGUUGGACUAACAGCUGGGAUAACCAUGCUUCUUAUAGGAUUGGUAGUAAUUGCAACUGGCUAUUUGGUACCACCAAAAAUUGAAGCAUUUGGAGAGGAAGAGGAAGAUUUUCUGGUGGUGGAUGGGCAUGCAGUCCAAUUCAACAUGGCACUGGAUAUUUGUAAACUGGCAGGUGCUAUCCUCUUUUGCAUUGGAGGGAUGAUAAUGGCUGUCUGCCUCUUGAUGUCUGCUUUUGCCACGAGUUACUCCAAAGAGGAAAAAUACCUUCAGCAGAAAUUUAAAGAACGCAUAGCUGAAACCCAAACUUCAAGCAAACCCAUAACUAAAGCACCUGCUCCAGGUGAACGUAAAAUUCCCAUCACCUUAUCCAAAGUACACAAUGUGCAGCCUACAUCAGAGACCUAAACUGUAAAUAUUAGACGUUGCAUAAACUGUAAAUUAGCUGUUUCAAAGCAGGUCUUUUUAAAUGUUUUACCAUAUUUUUAUAGCAGUUUAGAGACAGCUUAUGUAUCCAACUACUAAAAUUGGUAUUUGUGUCUUUAUUGAGUAAAUUAGUUGUGUGAAACGUCUAAUGCGAGAUUCAGCCUCAUUUCAAUCUUAUGAGACAAUUUCUUGGAACCUGUAACAUGCAGAUAAUUUUGUUCCCAAAGUGCAAUUGCUUUUAUGUGUAUUUGAAAGAAAUUAAAGUAUUUGAGUGAUAACUGAGCCAAAUUUUUUUUUUACCUUUUUUCUCUACUUUCACCUAAGGUUUUAAUUUCCUAAUUGCAGAACACCUUAAUAUAUUGCACUUGCAUCCUGAGCCACCUGGAACUGCAGAAUUAAAUCAGUGACAUGCAA